CCCCCCCCCCCCCACGCCACCACCACCACCAUCAACCCCCCCCCCCGGCGGUCACUAUAACUCGGCGGCGCCCAUGGCAGCGGGCCCCCAGCCCGGGCCACGGCCGAGCAUCCCGGCAGGUCAGCCUCCGCCAGCAUGAUGGAGGAAGGGCCCCCCAACUCCAGCGAAGGCCAGCAAGGCUGGUUCACGGCCAGGAACGGCAGCGGCAGCUCCUUGGACCUGGAGUCUGUGGUGCAACCCCUCGCCUUGAACCCGUGGGACGUCGUCCUCUGCAUCUCCGGGACCAUUAUCUCCUGUGAGAACGCCAUCGUGGUGGUGGUCAUCUUCUACACCCCGGCUUUCCGGGCUCCUAUGUUCCUCCUCAUCGGCAGCUUGGCCACCGCCGACCUCCUGGCCGGUUUGGGGUUGAUCCUGCAUUUUGCCUUUGUCUACUUCAUCCCGUCGGAAGCGGUCAGCCUGCUCACGGUGGGGCUUCUGGUCACCUCCUUCACGGCCAGCGUCAGCAGCUUGCUGACCAUCACCAUCGACCGCUACCUGUCCCUCUACAACGCCCUGACCUACUACUCAGAGAAGACGGUCACCAGGACUUACAUCAUGUUGAUCCUCACCUGGGGAGCCUCCAUCUGCUACGGGCUCCUGCCCAUCAUGGGCUGGAACUGCCUGAAGGAGCCCUCCACCUGCAGCAUCGUCAAGCCCCUGACGAAGAACCACCUCAUCAUCCUGUCCGUCUCCUUCUUCAUGGUCUUUGCGGUGAUGCUCCAGCUCUACGUGCAGAUCUGUAAGAUCGUCUGCCGGCACGCCCACCAGAUCGCCGUCCAGAGACAUUUCCUGGCCAGUUCCCACUACGUCACCACCCGAAAAGGCAUCGCCACCUUGGCCGUCAUCCUGGGCACCUUCGCUUCGUGCUGGCUGCCCUUCGCCAUUUACUGUCUCCUGGGGGAUUACAGCUACCCGGCCCUCUACACCUACGUCACCCUCCUCCCCGCCACCUACAACUCCAUGAUCAACCCCGUCAUUUACGCCUUCAGGAACCAGGAGAUCCAGAAAGUGCUGUGGACCGUGUGCUGCGGGUGCUUCUCCUCCACCAUGCCUUUCCGGUCCCGCUCCCCCAGUGACGUCUGACACGUCGUCCCCCCCCCUCCCCAGCCUCUCUGCACCUUUCACUUACCGAUUGCAGUUGGGGGAAUUUUCUUUUUUUUUUUUUUCCCCUUUUCAUUCCCAGAGACACAUCGCAGGAGCUCUCAGAAUCAAGCAGCUCUUCCCAGCCCCGUCCUUUUGGGCACAACCCCUUCU